UUUCUGUUUAUAAGUUGUUGUGAUCUACUGACAACUCCAGAUCUACUGUCCAGUUAUGAACUGUCUUCCAUGCAACAGGAAGAUUCAUUAACAGAGCUGGGACCCCUGGAUCUACAGAAGAUAGAAACUAAGGAAAAAGGAGGGAUAAAGGAUUUGGCAGUAGGAAGGCUGAGGGCCGUCUAAUUAAAACUAAAGAUCCUGAAUGUAUUGGAUGUAAGUCCAGAAAAUUGCUCUAGAUCGCGAUGGCCAGGAUCUGGUUGCCACUCUUGGCUCUCCUGUCAUUGGCUGCCCAUUUCUGUACACUUCAGGCUGAGGAAUGUUCCAUAAGGAAACUCUUCAAUGCUAAUGAUGAAAAAUUCUGCAGUAAAGAUUUAGAUGUCAUAUAUCCAGAUAUUGGCCGCGUGUCCUGCAUCUAUAUCCCCAACUGUUUUGACUUUCCUCGGAGCCUCAUUAAAGUGUGGGAUUAUCCUCUCCUCAGAUACUCCAAAGCCCAGCCGGGACUAAAAUAUGUCCUGAUUAUGGUGGAUCCAGAUGCACCAUCCCGAUGGGACCCCAAAUAUCGAUACUGGAGGCACUGGGUCCUUACUGAUAUACCGGGAUGGCAGCUUCUUUCUGGAAGAGAUUUAACUGGAAAUGAUAUAUCAGCCUAUCGUCGGCCAAGUCCACCUCCCGGGACCGGCUACCAUCGAUACCAAUUCUACCUCUAUGAGCAGCCUCUUUGGGUUAUUCUAUACUUUCUCCCUGAGGAAAUUCGCAGAAGCACCUGGGAUUUAAAAGCCUUUGUUCAGCGCAACAAGCUAGGGGAGCCCGUGGCCACCACCCAGUUCCUGGCUAUGAAUCCUAUUCAGUAGAAUGCACCACAUCCAAGCUUGCUGCCCUUCCCUUGAUGCUGUACACUUAUUGUAUUUUAGGCAUGCCAGUUAUGUCAGUCCAAUAUGAUUUUUUGGCAAUACUAUAUAAAGGGAUAUUAGUAAAGUAUGUAAUGUAAUGAAAUGUAAAAUACUAGGUUAUAGACCUGAGUGUUUAUAUAUUACAUGAGUAAAAAACAUUUGCUUAAACAAUA